ACCCGGGGUCCAAGUCCGGGUCCCGGUCCGGGCAGUCGAGCCCGUUUUCUUAUCCCACAGUGGGCAGGGCGGCUAGGGAGUGUGGUGCUGCCCCGGUAUCCACGGUGUGGAGCAGGAAGUGGGCUUCCAGACUCCCAGUAUCCCCAGUAGGAUCUGCUUCUGCUCGGGAAGGGCGGUGGCCGUCCCAUUACUCAACCCUCAUCGCACUGGCCCUCCCAGUUCCCUCCCCUCAGUGGGCAAACAAACACACCAGCGCGUGACUCGACAGACUCGAAAACAGCUUCAUCAACUCAGAAAAGUUGUUGAUUUCCUAUCUCCUUAAACGUUCCCACUUCCACAUACCGGAGCUCCUUCCCACCUCGGCCUACUCAAUCAUGAGAUCGGAGGCGGGAGAUGGGUUAAAAACAAAACCUUGGGUGGGUGCAGUUUACUUUUGGGUGGACGUGUUGACACGUUUUUGAGGCCUUACAUUCGCUUAAGAUCACAAUUUCCGCAGUAGCCUUAGGUUUAAAAGUUCAAAUUACACUACAAAACAAAAAACCCUGAGUUUCUCUUCCUUUUCAUAGUUCACCCACUGCUAAAUGUCGUGUAUCCUUUCAGACGCUUUUCAUAUGCAUUGCUAAGUGUGUAUAAUCUCUCCUUCUAAAAAGCAACUAGGAACAGCUUCCUGUUGUGCGUUUCCUUUUAUUCACAUUAACUUCUCCAUUGCUACGGAAAGGUCCUACUGGCUUGUUCAUCCUCAGUGCGGCGUGCUCCCCUAGGAAGUGUCCCCAUUUCUCAGGGGCGCCUGGGGCUCAGCUCUGGGACUUGGUCACGUUCGGUGAGACCAGGAGUUCGAGUCCGGCUCCUGCCCGCGGGUCGGCGCGGGAGGCUGGGCUAGACUGGAGGCAGAAAGUGCCAGGCGCUGACUUGCGGGCGGCACCCCAGCGGCUUGUAAACGCCGGGCGGACGCGGCACAGGCGGAAUACGCGCCUCGCAGCCGGGUCUCUUUUGCUCCGCGAGGGCGGCGACUGGCGGUGCGAUGGACCUGACCGGGCUCCUGCUGGACGAAGAAGGCACCUUCUCCCUCGCCGGCUUCCAGGACUUCACGUUCCUCCCAGGACACCAGAAGCUGAGUGCCCGGAUCCGAAGGAGGCUCUACUAUGGCUGGGACUGGGAAGCCGACUGCAGCCUGGAGGAGCUCUCCAGCCCGGUGGCAGACAUUGCUGUGGAACUGCUCCAGAAGGCAGCCCCCAGCCCUAUUCGCCGACUCCAGAAGAAAUACGUAGCUCAUGUGUCCCGGGAGGCAUGUAUCUCCCCAUGUGCUAUGAUGCUGGCUCUGGUGUACAUUGAACGGCUCCGCCACCGAAACCCAGACUACCUGCAGCACGUGUCAUCCUCUGACUUGUUCCUGAUCUCCAUGGUAAGAUACCCCCUCCCCGUCUCCCUAGAGAGCCAGGAGCCUGCUGUGAAUUCUGUUCCACCACUUCUGGUUCCUCUGCAGAUGGUGGCCAGUAAGUACCUCUAUGAUGAAGGGGAGGAGGAGGAGGUCUUCAAUGAUGAAUGGGGAGCUGCUGGGGGUGUGGCCGUGCCCACUCUCAAUGCCUUGGAGAGGGGCUUCCUGAGUGCCAUGGAUUGGCAUCUCUACACUGACCCUCGGGAGAUUUUUGAGGUGCUGAGCUGGUUGGAGAGCUGUGUGGCUGAGCAGCAGGGACAGCGGCGAGGCUGGUAUACCUACACAGACCUGUGUGUACUGCUGGAGCAGCCAACCUGGCAGUUGGCCCUGGGCUCCCUCUGCCAGCGGCUGGUAAAGCUGUCCUGCCUGUUAGCUGUGGCAUAUGUGAGCAGUGUGGCCCUGGCUGUGGCAUCGGUGGCCAUAAUACAUCAGUCCUUGGGGCUGUCCUGCACCCCUGCACCUGGGCCGCCUGACCUUGGACUGACCUCCCAUUGCCUCCUGGCGCCCUGCAUAGCUUCUGUGCCACAGUGCCUGCCGCCUCCCGCUAAUGUCUCCAGCUGCCUGAAAGGCAGCACAGGGCUGCGGUCACUCUGGGGCAGUCUUCUGGCCUCACUGACUCCUCCACCAUUGCCUCCCCCAGACCCCCCUGCCCCUCCCACUCUUCUUCAUAACUGCCACCUUUGUCAGAAGCUCCAGAGAGACUCCCCAACCUGCCAUGCCUGCCACCACCCCAACCAUACGGUCCCCACUGUGCUGUCCAGCCCCUGGUACCAUACCUAUGGCCUGGCUCCCCACUGGCCUUGGAGCCCGGUGCCCCCGUCACUUCCUCAGCCUCAGCGAUGUUCCCUUUUCGGUGUCAUGGAGCUGGCUCGCCUCAAGUCUUUCAUUUUCCCAGGCUAGGUAGGGCUGCGAGGAAUGCAUUAAGAGGGUUUGGGAGUUUCUGAGAGCCUGGAGGAGCAAAGCUUGAUUUAGAACCUGUCUGCCUCUCUGGGUCCUUGGCAGGUCCCCUGUCCUCCUGGGUGGGAGCUUACGGGGUGGUGGGGCAGAAGGACUGAAGGUCACUCCUAGAUCUUAGUGGCUGGCUGCUUGGCCAGGACAGUGAUGGUGCCAGGGAGAACUUCUGCUUGGUGACCAGGGACAUGUCCCAGAUGGACACAGGAGAAGCCCCUCUCUGCCUACCUGGGAUUUUCUAGACUUUUACUUUUGAGUUCUCUAGGAUGGAAGGGUAUAGGUGGGAGAUAAGGGAAGUGGGGUGAGAGGAGAAAGGAUAUGUUGGCAUGGGCCCGUGUGAUGUCCCUGAAGCAGAAGAGCCAGGGACUGAUGGGGUCAGGUGGGAGCUGCUGGGUGAGGCAGGGAACCUUUUCACUCCCAUUCCUUAGCUUUAGUCUAAUGGAGCCAAGGACUGCUGGGACCUUCAACCCUGACCUUUUGUCAUCCAGUCUUCUAGUGUCCUGCUCCUAGGUUCCCUUCUCUUCUGGUUCCUCUCCCGGGUGUUCUCUUCCCAGGCCUCUCUGGCCACUGCUUUGUAUCAGGGUUUUUCACGCUUUUGUAGAACUGAGGUUUCAAUAAACAGUUUCAGUUGCA